AUGGAGAGUAGGGAUGCCGCGUUCGCGAUCGUACCCGAUCCCGCGAGCUCCUCGGUGUAUAAAGGAGGUCGGCCUCGUCAGUUCUCUGGCAAGUCCAUACAAUCCUCUAUCAUGGCCACGCCUUCUCGUCGCAUCGUUUCGCCUCCUCCAAACACUCAAGGCCUCUCGUGCCGCACCUUUCGUCCACCCAUCCUCGAUGGCUCGCUGCAGUACGGAGAAUUCUUCGAUUGGCAUGAGAAGUACUCGCCAAGUCAUCGCUUAUUUGUGUACAUCGAUGGCGAGAGUCACCUUCAAACGAUCACCUGGUCAAUGGCCGCCAGAGCUAUUCGUGCGGCAGCGCAACUCUCUAGGAAUUAUGUACAGUGGAACCAUCAAACAGGGAAGGCGCCUGUGGUAGCUAUUCUGGCCGCGUCAGACUCUAUCCCGUACGCUACCAUGGUGAUGGGAAUUAUACGUGCAAGUUUCGUCGCAUUCCCCAUCUCUGUCCGUAACUCCCCCGCGGCAGUGGCGCAUUUAUUGAACAAGGUUGGAGUUGCUCAUAUAUUGGUUGGACGCGAGCAAUCAUCACAGGACUUAGUACAAGACGCGAUUGCCAUACUCAAAACACAGAAUACCGGUGCAAUUGAACCCUGUUUCUCGCCAAUACCUGUUUACGAAGACAUUUACUCACCCUCAUUCGGGCCACCUAAUGCUGAUGAACUCCCAUAUGUAUUCUAUGGCCCCGAUGCGCCAAUUCUCAUUUCUCAUUCAUCUGGGUCUACUGCGUUUCCCAAACCUAUCGUUUUUUCGAAUAGCCGCAUGAUUGAAUUCUCCGCUUCUCCAUACUACGGCGAGCGUGACUUGACAGACUUGCUUCUUUCCAUUCAUCCAUUGCCUAUGUUCCAUGCAAUGGGCCUUAUGAAUCUCGUCUGGACAAGCGCAUGUGGUUAUGCAUGCGCCGCGUUUGCUCCCCAGUCCCCGCCGCCUGUUCCUACGCCUGAGUUAGUCGCGCGAGCUGCUCAAGCAGCUGACUGCGAUGUCAUCGUCACAGUCCCUGCAUUUUUGGAGACCUGGUCGCGCAACAUGGACUAUGUCCGAUGGCUUAGCACAGCCGACUUCGUGCUCUUCGGAGGAGGUCCGCUGAACAAAGAGGUGGGGAGUUACCUUAUCUCCCAAGGAGUCCCUCUUAUAAAUGGAUAUGGAUUAACGGAGGUGGGGAUUGUUAGUCUCUUCAUGCCAGCCAAGCCGCAUAAUGAAUGGGAGUAUAUACAACUCCAUACCUCCCUCACUAUCCACAUGGAGCCUCAGGGUGAUAAUACAUUUGAGUUGGUCGUGGUGAUAAACGAGAAGGAUCAUCCCUGCCUGAUUAACACCAAGGUCAACGGCGUCGACGCUUACGCGACAUCGGAUCGUAUUUCUCCGCAUCCUACCCUUCCUGGAUAUUGGAAGAUUACCAAUCCGGGUCCGUUAGAAAGUACUAUGAUGCAAGAUGAACACGUUUCUGGAUGUGUCAUGUUUGGUCGAGGGCGGUUCCAAGCGGGCAUUCUGAUUGAGCCAAAGCCAGAAUACGUGUUCGAUCCAACAGACGAAGUAAAACUCGCUGAAUAUAGGAAUUUGAUAUGGCCAACAGUGGAAAAGAUGAAUACGUAUGCCCCUCAGCAUUCCAGAUUGUUCAAAGAGAUGAUCAUAAUUGCGAGUCCUGCGAAACCAUUUGAGUACACUCCCAAGUCAACCAUACGCCGCGCAGCAGUCAUUGCCAAGUAUGAUGACGAAAUUAAUGUCGCAUACGACCGCGUCGAAGAAAGUUCCCAGUCCAGUAUUCCCGCACCUAUUCAAUGGGAGAGCGAGAAUGUCCUACCAUUUGUUCGCGCCAUCGUGAACAAAGUCAUGAAGCAUGAUGUCAUGGACGAAGACGAUCUGUUUCACCACGGCUGCGACAGUUUGCAAGCAACGUGGAUUCGCAACACCCUCCUCAGAGUGCUGCGCGACACGACCAAGGUGAACACGCGCAAAAUCGUCGGGAAUUUUGUGUAUGAACAUCCUACAAUUGCCGCGCUUGUUCGAUUCAUAGUCAGCACUGCGCACGGAACCGCGCAGAGCGUAACGGAUGAUGUCACGACGCGCGUGGAUGCGAUGCAUGCUAUGGUCGUGAAGUAUACUCGAGACUUCCCGAAGCACCAGGGGAGUACAAUGAUCCAAGGGGGAGAAGUAGUGUUGCUGACUGGGUCCACUGGGAGUAUUGGGUGUUAUGUCUUGGCUCAGCUGUUGUCGGACCCCAAGGUUUCCCGCGUAUAUGCGAUCAAUCGGGCUUCUAGAGACCAUGUGCCAUUGCGUCGGAGGCAGCGUUGUGCCUUCAUCGACCGUGGCCUGCCUGACCUGAUCACCUCAGAGAAGCUGACUCUUGUGGAGGGAAAUUUAGAAGAAGACAAGUUUGACGUCCCCGCCGAUCUUUACGAGGAGAUGUGCAGCUCUGUGACCCAUAUUGUCCAUAAUGCAUGGCGUGUCGACUUCAACGUUGCGCUAACGUCUUUCGAGUCGAACGUGCGCGGUGUGCGUCGUUUGAUUGAUUUUGCGCUCAGCACGCCGUUCGCCAAACCUCCGCAAGUGCUGUUCACGAGCUCGGUAGGUGUCUUUCAAAAUGCCCGCAAAGGCGACGAUCUUUCUGAAGCGCCCAUCAAGGCAGACUAUGCCGUUGGCACCGGCUAUGCCGAGUCGAAGUGGGUUUCUGAGCGGAUUCUCUACGAAGCAGCUGCAAGAACGCCUGUGGAUACUAUGGUUGUUCGUGUGGGUCAAGUCACCGGGGGCCUGGAUGGUGCUUGGAACCUACAGGAGUGGUUCCCAUCCAUGGUGCAAAGUGCAUCGCGUCUUGGAUGUUUCCCUGAUGAUGAUAGGGAUGUGGCCUGGAUUCCACUCGAGGUAGUCGCAGCAGCUGUAGCGGAUUUGCGCAGAGCAUCCUGCCCAACUCGCACUGUGCAUCUUGUGCACCCUCGCCCCGUGUCGUGGAAUACGAUCGCAGUCGUCAUUGGUACACGGUUUGGAAUCCCGCUCGUCCCGUAUGCUCGGUGGCUCGCGCGACUUGAGAGGAUUACUCAAGCUACCCAUGAAGAGAGUUCCGGAGAGCAGGCAACGUCGCGUAGUCUUCGUGUUUUACAGCUGCUGCCGAUGUUCAAGGCUAUUGGUGCAAGUCUGCAGUCAGGUACUAUGGCACUUGGGUUCCAUGAUAUCCCAGCGUCACGCGCAUUAGAAGCAUCACCGACCCUUGCGGACCCCGAGUUGCGGCAGUUAGGCGAAGAGGAUGUGCAGAGGUGGCUUGCGUACUGGCAAAGAGCAGGCUUGUUUGGUCCUUCUGACAGGCAGCUUGAUGGGCCAAGUAGGGACACAAGACCAAACUGA